AUGGUUGUUGAUGAUAGUGAGCUGUUCAGGUCUAUGGUUAUUGGGAAGUAUGAAAGUGUUGAGGACCUUGUGAAGCGGUUGGGACGUUUUCAGAUUGCGACGGCGACUUGUUUUUCCCGUGCAUCUUCCAAGUCUGCUGCGGCAUACCAUCGUGGAAGGAGGAAGCCGGUUCCCGAUGGGGAAUGCUGCGGUUACAUCAUGUACCGUUGCGUUCAUCGUAAACGUUCAGCACCACGUGGCAAGCG